AUUUGCUCCCCUUUGGUUCUAGUUGUAGAAAAGGAUAAAGAAAAUGGACUUUUGCUUCUGGAACUGAAUCCUCCUAACCCCUGGGAUUCAGAUCCCAGAUCUCCUGAAGAUUUGGCUUUUGGGGAAGUACAGGUAACGUACCUUACUCAUGCCUGCAUGGACCUCAAGCUGGGAGACAAAAGGAUGGUGUUUGACCCUUGGUUAAUUGGUCCUGCUUUUGCCCGAGGAUGGUGGUUACUACAUGAGCCUCCAUCUGAUUGGCUGGAGAGGCUGUGCCAAGCAGACCUAAUCUACAUCAGUCACAUGCACUCAGACCACCUGAGUUACCCCACAUUGAAGAAGCUUGCUGAGAGAAGAUCUGAUAUUCCCAUUUAUGUUGGAAACACGGAAAGACCUGUAUUUUGGAAUCUGAAUCGGAGUGGUGUCCAGUUGACGAAUAUCCAUGUAGUGCCGUUUGGAAUAUGGCAGCAGGUGGACAGAAAUCUUCGAUUCAUGAUUUUGAUGGAUGGUGUUCAUCCUGAGAUGGACACUUGCAUUAUUGUGGAGUACAAAGGUCAUAAAAUACUCAAUACAGUGGACUGCACCAGACCCAAUGGUGGGAGGCUGCCUAUGAAGGUUGAUCUAAUGAUGAGUGAUUUUGCUGGAGGAGCUUCAGGCUUUCCGAUGACUUUCAGUGGUGGAAAAUUUACUGAGGAAUGGAAAGCCCAAUUCAUUAAAACGGAAAGGAAGAAACUCUUGAACUACAAGGCUCGGCUGGUGAAGGACCUCCAACCACGAAUUUAUUGCCCCUUUGCUGGGUAUUUUGUGGAAUCCCACCCAUCAGACAAGUAUGGCUGGACAUUUAGUGUAAUGUAUAAAUUAAUGUGUGCUGGGAUGAAUGGUUUAGCUGUGAAUACAACAUGAAAUGAUAAAGACAUUGUAGGGGUCUUAGAACUUAUUUAACAAGCUGCCUUGUAUCAGAGAACAUGAAUAAAAACCAUACGUGGCAGCCAGAGUUAAUUCAGAUAGAUUUUGCCUGAAAGGAUUCUGGAAAGCAAUGGAUGUAUAUUCAAUAUAUGCUGGGAACUGAACUGAAACUUUUAACCAAGUCAUUUAAAUUAGUCUUCCAAGUGACACUUGGAUUAUUAUGCCUGUUUAGGUUAGGGAAUCUAAAACUCAGAGAGGCUGAGGGUCUUGCCUGAAG